AUGGUUACCGAAACUCCCAGCCCGGUUCAUUUCUUCUCCCAUGGCUCGACUGCUAUGCUUGGAGAAGCGUCAAGAUCCGCCGACUAUUGGAAAAAAUGCGGCGACGAAGCGCUAGCAAACGGCGUCAAGCAUGUUGUGAUAAUGGGCGCUCACUGGGCUACGGUGGGCGAUGCCAUCGAGGUUGCCGCAAAUCCAACGCCUAAGAAGUCACCAGUGGCUUACGUGCACCCUUCCAAAUAUGUCGAUUACGAAUUAGUUGCAGACUUGCCCAUGGCAGACAAGUGUGUUAAGUUGUUGUUAGACGCGGGAUUCAAUGCUAAAAUCAACCAAACGUUUGACUGGAUUCAUGACACGUUCUUAAUCCUUAUUCGCAUGUUUCCUGCUGGUUGUCCGCCGACAACGAUAAUCAGCAUGAACGCUCGGUAUGACCCACAUUACCACGUCAGAGUUGGCGAUGCGCUGGCUCCUCUUCGAUAUGAGAGCGAGAGGACUCUGGUCAUUGGCACUGGCGGCUCGGUCCACAAUCUGUACAGAAAUUCAUGGGGUCAAAUGUUGAUGUAUCAGGACAACUUUGCCCAAGAGAAUCCACCAGAUAUCGCCAUGUUGGACUUUAGACAGGAGUUUGAAGAUGCAAUAACGAAGCAUUCGGGAUUUGCUUUACGUCGAGCAAUUACCAUGUUGAUGAAAUUACCGAAUUACAGAGACGCUCAUGGAACAGAUGAUCAUUUCAUUCCGGCUUGUUUUGUCGCUGGAGCUGCAGGUAGACUAGAAGAUGAAGGGGCUAAAUGCGAGUUAGGAGCAGAGGACUGGGAGCUACAGAACAUGUGUAAUUCGCAGUAUACGCUAGGCUCGUGGUCGACAGACAUCAAGGCUUAG